CAAACUCAACCAUCGCCACAAGUGAUGGAGUAAACCUGGAAACUCCUGAGCCCGAGAGAGAGGACAAAGACACAAUAGAGGGAGGAGGGGAUCGGGGCCACCUGGGAGAAUAAAGGCUUCUUGCUGUUAAAGGUAUCUGAGAUGAAUCCCACAAGCCAGUUCCUUGGCACCACAGAAUAUGACUAUGGAUAUGAUGAAAACACUGCUCCGUGCAAUGAAGGAGACAGCUUUCACAGGUUCAAAUCCCUCUUUCUGCCAAUUCUUUACUGCCUUGUGUUUGUCUUUUGCCUUCUGGGAAACUCCUUGGUUCUUUGGGUUCUCCUGACCAGGAAAAGGCUAACAACGAUGACUGACAUCUGCCUCCUGAACCUCGCAGCCUCCGAUCUCCUCUUCGUUGUGCCUCUCCCUUUCCAAGCCCACUAUGCUUCAGACCAGUGGGUUUUUGGCAACGCUAUGUGCAAAAUAAUGGCUGGCAUUUAUUACACAGGCUUUUAUAGCAGUAUUUUCUUUAUAACCCUCAUGAGCAUAGACAGGUAUAUAGCAAUUGUCCAUGCUGUCUAUGCCAUGAAGAUACGGACAGCNACCUACGGCAUCCUCGCCAGCAUUGCUACUUGGGUUGUUGCUCUUUUGAUUUCUGUUCCUGGGAUAGUAUUUCACAAAACUCAAAAGGAAAAUUCACGUUAUACUUGCAGUGCUCAUUAUCCAAAUGAUGCCUCAAUAAAAUGGAAAUACUCCUUUACUUUAAAGAUGAACAUUCUGGGACUUAUUGUUCCAAUGCUCAUUAUGAUUUUCAGUUACUCACGAAUUCUAAUAACAUUAUUGCGAUGUAGGAAUGAGAAAAAACAGAAGGCAGUCAGACUUAUUUUUGUCAUCAUGAUUGUUUAUUUCAUCUUCUGGACACCGUUCCAUAUUUCUUCUUUUCUGUAUACAUUUCAAAGUUUACUUUUCAUCCCAAAUUGCGAAAUCAAAGGUCAUCUGGAGAAAGCAAUUCAAGUGACAGAAACAAUAUCAAUGAUCCACUGUUGUAUCAAUCCUGUGAUCUAUGCAUUUGUUGGAGAAAAAUUUAGGAAGUAUCUUCACAGAUUUUUCCGAAAGCAUGUUGCAGCCCACCUCUGCAAAAAAUGUCCAAAUCUUUAUCGUGAAAAAUUAGAAAGAGUUAGUUCCACAUUCACACCAUCCACUGCAGAGCAUGACAUCUCUACUGGACUGUAAAAAUGCAUUUAAAAAUUAGUUAGUAUAUGUUGCAUCACUUGCUUUGCCUUAAGGACUGCCUGACAUUAUUUAAGAUCUUUGCCAAGCACUACUGAAAACUGUAUGACCCUCAAUUCUUGUGGUUAAGUGUUCCCUGGGAUUACAGCAUUUUCCAGGCUUAGAAUAUGAGUUCUCUGCGAAGUAUUAACACCAUGGCUGGAUCACGUCAAGAUUUGAAUGGGACCCAAAAUUGUAUGAUUCUGUUUCUUCACCCAAAUUCUAUCCAAUGAACAAAUGCUAGUGAGAUUUACCUGGGAGGAAUACAGUAUUGAAGAGACUGAGGAGUAAUAUAUCAUCUCACAAGAGCCAUUUGCUGUUAUACAAACAUUGUAAGAUAAACGCUGGGAGGAAGCUUUGAGGAUUGAUGUACCUGUUUACUCUUUAACGUUAAUGGAACACCUUUUGGAAGUGACUGUAUUCCUUCUGCAACAUGUUCAGGCAUUUGAUGGGGGGGGGAGCUUUAAUUUUCUUCAGUUUUCCCCCCUACCCCUUAUUUUCCCUACAUGAAUAAAAGAUGUUUUCAUAAAAAGGAAUUUGAGGUUGAAUAUGAGAUAUAUCAAGAUAAUAUCUCUCCUCUGAUGGAAGAGUUGACUGACCUUUAUCUUACUGGGGCCAUUUAACCCAAGGAUUUGCCUGUUAUCUAAUAGUGUAGUCAUUUUAAAACAUAAUCCUUUUGACUAUAGGCUAAGUUACAGUAUUUUGAUUUUAAUUCUUUCAUUUUAUGCUUGCCAUAUAACCAUUCAGUUACUAACAUUUUCCAAAGUGGGCUUUUAAUCAGCAACAUUGUCAUUUUUAUGGGUGCAAUUUUGCAAGUAACUGCUCACACCAAGUCUACUUACUGCACAACAAGACAACAACACACCCCCAAAAAACAUGAACUUGUUUCUGACAAAUAAUAUCCCUCCAAAAAAAAGAGCACUUAACCAAUAAAAGCCCAUCAUCAAAGAUCUGCAAGACCAGAAUGAAAAUUACCUUGGUAUUUGCUAUGCAAGAUUCCGUAUGAAGAAAAUAUUAUGACCCCCUGAAGUAUUUUGGAGACCAUGAGAACAGUAUUGAGUGGAGGCCUCCCUAGUUCUGGACAGGUAAAUCAUGUGUGUAGAAGAAGACUUUACAUGGCAGAUGCAGUGUGUCAGGCUACGCUUCUGCAUGAGAAAAGUGUGCUCUUCAUAUACACAGUAAGUCUGAUGUUUGGGAUACAGUUCUAGGCAGACAGAAGCCUUGGAACUGCAAAAGCAGCCAACUGCAGAGGAGAUAUACUUGCUUUGUUUUCCCAGGAGAAAAGUGCCCAUAGCCAACUGGUGCCUUAAUUAGAACUGUAUGCUAAUUGAAGACUCAAGACCAUUAGUCCACUGGUAUCCUAUAGGCAUACAUUUAUGUCAUUAUUAGGAAUUUCCCUGUGAAAGAAAGUGGUAUUCCAGGGACAUGAAGUUAGCAAAGGAGGGAGGGGCAUAGUGUAGAACUUUUUGCUUCAAACUUGUAAGGAAGUGCAGGUGAGCACUCCUUAUGCACAUGAACUGCCCUUUUUUUCCCCGUUUACUUCAAAGGGCACAGCUCAUGCAUGUAAAGCCUUGCUCAUGGAAAUCUGGAGGGGCAGGUUCAACAACCUCCAGGAAAUGGAAGGACACAAAAGGGAAUUCCACACUACUUAACAUUAGGCACGUGAUUCAGAUGCCCAAAUUAACAGCAGAUCUCUUCAAGGCCCCCCACUGGUCAGUAGAGAAAAAGAGAUGUCUGAGUCAGAAGAAAACGCACAAUUUAAAUGGCCUCUGGGAAAGAUUGCCUGUCUGACUCUAGAAGAAACGUGGAAAUGUCAUCCUCUUAAUUUAGGUAUCAGAUGCCUUCAUGUGAGUGGUGCAAAUACUCCCUCUAUCCUCAUAACAACAAGGCACUGCUUCUGUUAGUUGUUAGCUUUUACCUUAUCAGCUAUUAUAACGUGAAGCUAAUAGCCACAGAUAGACUAAAUAAAAGACCAAAAACUACCCUCACAGUAAACCUUCUUGCUUGGAAGUAAUAUUUUUCCUUUCUUUUGUACAUUUUUACUGCACUAAAGUGAAAGCACCUUUUUUAAUAUUAAAGC